AUGACUUCAUUUCCUUCAAGUCGUGAUUGGAUGUAUGAUAGGGUGUAUAAAGGUAGAAGAGGUUUCAAACCUACUUUCGUAGCUGGGGUUGAAGAGUUUAUCGAAAUAGCCUGUCAACAAGAAAGUUAUGUUAAUGAAAGACAACCUAAAUGCCCAUGCAUUAAAUGUGAGUGUACAAGGAUUUUUGAUGUUCAAACAAUCAAGCUCCAUCUCUACAAGCAUGGCUUUAUGCCUGACUACUUUAUUUGGAUUGAUCACGGGGAAGCCAUAAAGAAUAUUUCCCAUCAUGUUGACGAUGUUUCAGGAAGUGGUAUACAUGUGACUGAAGGACAAACAUUUAACUCGAUGCAUGAGAUGUUGUGUGAUGCUCUUGGACAACAUGGGUCAUUUGAAAUACCAGAAACAAACUUCGAAGAGCCUCCGAAUGAAGCAACUCAACGAUUUUAUAAUUUGUUAGUCGAGUCAAAUGAACCAUUAUUUGAAGGAUCAUCAGAGUCUAAAUUAUCAAUCUGUGUUAGACUUUUAGCAUGCAAGUCGAAUUGGAAUGUCCCUUACGAAUGUCUAGAUUUUAUAGCAAAAAUGCUUCAAGAUGGAGCACUUAUACGUUGCAAAUUUUGUGAUAUGCCAAGGUAUCAUGAUCGGAGCACAAGAGCAAACACAAAAAAACUUGUUCUAGUGAAAACAAUGUUCUAUUUACCUAUAAUUCCAAGGUUGCAGAGACUAUUUGCAUCAAUGGAAACUGCUAGUCACAUGUCUUGGCAUCGUGAAAUUAGAAGUAGCUCAGGCGUGUUACGUCAUCCCUCAGCUGGUGAAGCUUGGAAGCAUUUUGAUCGGGUACAUCCAGACUUUGCAGUUGAUCCACGCAAUGUAUGCUUGGGUUUAUGCUAUGAUGGAUUUAACCCAUUCAUUCAAUCAACAAUCCCUUAUUCUUGUUGGCCAGUAAUUGUCACCCCAUACAAUCUUCCUCCUAAAAUGUGCAUGACAAAGCCAUUUAUGUUCUUAAGUUGUCUAAUACCUGGACCACGCAAUCCAAAGGCAGGAAUUGAUGUGUAUCUCGAACCUUUGGUGGAUGAUCUAAAGAAGUUGUGGGAUGGUGCAGAAACAUAUGAUAUUUCAAGAAAGAAGAACUUUAUCAUGAGAGCUUGUUUAAUGUGGACUAUAAAUGAUUUCCCUGCAUAUGGGAUGUUGUCUGGCUGGGGUACUCAAGGUAAAUUGGCAUGUCCACAUUGUAUGGAGCAUUCAAAAGCCUUUACAUUAGAAAAUGGGGGGUAA